GGAGUCAGUACAAAAGAAGCACUCAAUCGCGAAGCAUCGUCUGAUAUUUUAAUUAAUUCGCUGGUUCGGUUAAUUUUCUGGGGCUUUUGUGACUGUUUGAUGGAUGGGAGGAUGUUUGAGGAGUUCUUUGAAUAGUUCAGGAGUGUGUUUGAUGGUGAUUUUCCAUGGGAAAUUGGCGGAAAAAGUGGCAAAAUUUUUUGGUGAAAUAAGGCGCGUCUAACAAGCACAAGACUAAGUUCGUGACUUGAAACAUCAACCCAUUGAGACUUUCUUGGGCAAUUGUUCUCUUCUCAAGCCAGACAAACAAAAAAAAAGAAGUAUCAAGCGUCACUGUGGUGUUCUAAUUGGUGAAUUAUUUCCGCGAAUUGUGCCUAGUGGGAAGAAGAGCUUAACAUAAAGGUGCGCCUGUGAAUACCUUUUGAUGGAUGAUUGUCGCAGAAAUUUUUUAGUGUAACUUGGGAAUACAAAAUUGGCCAUAUCUAAAUAGCCAAUUAUCCAGCAUCUCUCUUAGCAUCCGUGCAGAAAGGAGAUCAGGAAGUGGAGAUUCCCGCCUGAAGAUGGGGAGCACGUUCGCGUAAUUGGAUGCCAUUCAGUGUCAUUUCAUCACCAUGAGGGAGGAGGAACUGGAGAUUGCGAUAAAAGUCGUGAUUGUGGGGAAUGGCGGUGUGGGAAAGAGUUCAAUGAUUCAGCGUUACUGCAAAGGGAUCUACACCAAGGACUACAAAAAGACCAUCGGCGUAGACUUCCUGGAGCGACAAAUUGAAAUCGAUGGUGAAGAUGUUAGAAUAAUGCUGUGGGAUACAGCUGGUCAGGAAGAAUUCGACGCAAUAACCAAAGCGUACUACCGAGGAGCUCAGGCGUGCGUUCUGACAUUCAGCACCACAGAUCGUUUGUCUUUCGAGGCAAUUAAAGACUGGAAGAUGAAAGUGGAGAAUGAGUGUGGUGAGAUUCCGACCGUGAUAGUCCAGAACAAAGUGGAUCUGAUGGAUCAGGCGGUGGUGCAUCCAGAGGAGGCAGAAAUGCUGGCAAGGCAUCUGGGAUGUCGACUAAUUAGGACAUCAGUGAAGGAGGAUGUGAAUGUAGGAUCAGUUUUUAGAUAUUUAGCCACAAAAUGCCAUCAAUUGAUGAAGCAACAGUACAGCAAUGUGGUCACAGUGGGACAACCAACAAUCAGUGCCUUUGGACCAACAUUCGCCAAGACAAACGGCACAAUUAUUCUGCGACCCAGCAGAAAGCCCUCUCGGAAGAAGACCAUGCUGAAGAAAUGUCGCAUUCUCUGAGGAUUUGGAUGUACACACAAAAAAAACGCCACAUUUUCCCCAGAGAAACCCAUUUUGGAUGCUGAUCAAUCGUGUUUUCCGUCCACGAUCAUGUGCAUCGGAGUCAUUCACGCGAAAUACCUUGCAUGGACUUAAUAACAGAAAACACUUAUUCAAGAAAUUGUUGCUACAGUUAGCGACAUUGUUAUAGAUCCACA